AUGCCACCCCCAAAAUCCCAGAGUAAAGUCAAGAAAGAAGAAAACAAAGUGAAAAAGGAACUAGAAGAAGAAGAAUUUGAUGAGCCCACCUCGAAAACGACGUCAAGGAAAGCUGAUAACAAAGGACAGCAAAAGAAGAAAAAUGAAGAGGAGGAGAAGAAAAAGGGGGCCAAAGCAAGUGACAAGGAUGCUAAGAAAAGGGAAAGGAAAGUUUAUGAUUUGCCUGGUCAAAAGAGGGAUUUUCCCGGGGAAAGGGAUCCAUUGAGGAUUUUCUAUGAGUCUCUGUAUGAGCAAGUGCCCUCUAGUGAGAUGGCUGCAAUUUGGAUGAUGGAGUCUGGUUUACUUCCAAAGGAGGAUGCGAAGAAAGUUCUCGAGAGAAAACAGAAAAAAGCCCAGCAGCAAAGGCUCGGCUCGCCAAUGAAAUCUGUCGUCACUGUUAAGAAGAAAGAUGAAUUGAUCAUUGUAAAGAAAAAAUCAUCGACGUCUCCUGUUUCAACACAGAAAAAGAAGACACCUGAUUCUAAAGUUGCUUCAAAGCAGUCAAAGAAGCGCAAGAGCGACGAUAUCUCUUCAGACGAUGACUUUGUAACGGAUGCUAGAAAAACAAAGAAACAGAGAGCAUCCUAG